CCAUAUCGAAAUCUUGGGAUGGGUCUACGCUGCACACACACACAAGGCUUAGGUUGCACGGCUUUCUGCAUCUUCUUCAUUUCCAUCUUAGGAGAUUCUAUCAUGUCGUCAUUGGCUAAAGUGUCAUAUGAAGAGUGCAAACCCAGCAGUUGUGAGGGCAACCACCAUCUGAAUAUAACGUAUCCCUUUUAUAUUUCUGGAAAAGGAAGAGAUUUAUGCGGUUACCCCGGAUUUGAUUUCACUUGUGAAGGAACAAAACCUAUGUAUGCUCACUUCUCAGUUAAAAACAUCUCUUAUGAGGAGAGCUCCAUCGAAUUAGUAAGCCAAUUGGAUACUUCUUGCUUUGUUCCUAAACCUGUGACUUUCGCUCCCACAAACAUCUUCCUAAACAACAGUGUUUCUACUCAUCCUAUGCUCAAGUUCUUCUGUAACUGCACUGGUCCUAUUUCUUUUUCCUUCCCGACAUCCCGUGAGUUGUCCUUCUAACGCCACAUACAACUCAUCUGUUGCGUUACUCCCUAAUGGCACCUUCCAUCCCCAAAGUGAACCCUGCGGGUCAUUGUCAAUGGUACCAGUAGAACUGAAGGGAGGGUUCUCUGAUCAAACUAUCAAAGAUGUCAACUACACGGAAUUGUUGAAGAGCGGGUUCCCGUUAAAAUGGGAUUUACUCACUGACAAGAGUUGUACUGGUUGUCAAGAAAGCGGAGGCCGAUGUGGACGAUCACAAGACACAGACUUUCUGUGCUAUUGCCCAAAUGGAACCAAUCAUCCUUCGAUCUGCAACAGUGGUGGAAAAGGGAGUUUGCGGUGGAAGAUAGGACUAGGUAUUGGAAUCGGAAGCUUGGCCAUCAUCCUGUUGUCCUAUAUGAUCUACUUGAAGAGGAAGAAUGCUUCUUUGAAGUCCUGUUUGAGACACAGCACCUCUCAUCCUCAGUCCAAUUCAGACAUGGAAGAGUGCAAUGUCUCCUUUGAAGUCCCCAUUUUCAACAGUACCGAACUUGAAGAAGCCACAAACAACUUCGCUGCUUCCAAUGAACUAGGAGAAGGAGGUUUUGGAACUGUUUAUUACGGAAAAAUUCGAGAUGGGCGGGAAGUAGCAGUGAAGCGCCUAUACGAGCAUAACUAUCGGAGGGUAAAGCAGUUCAUGAAUGAGGUAGAGAUCCUAACCCGUUUGCAACACAAAAACCUUGUGUCUCUGUACGGUUGCACUUCUCGCCACAGCCACGAGCUUCUACUUGUCUAUGAGUACAUCUCCAAUGGCACUGUUGCCGAUCAUAUCCAUGGCCAGCUAGCAACUACAUUGCCUUGGAAAAUCCGUAUGGGCAUAGCCAUAGAGACUGCUACUGCAUUGGCUUACCUCCACGCUUCUGACACUGUCCACCGUGAUGUGAAAACAAAUAACAUCCUUCUCGACAAGAAUUUUGGGGUUAAAGUUGCGGAUUUUGGGCUUUCGAGGCUAUUCCCCAACGAUGUCUCUCAUAUCUCAACAGCUCCUCAAGGGACUCCAGGUUAUGUGGACCCUGAGUACCAUCGGUGCUACCAGCUCACGGAAAAGAGUGAUGUCUAUAGCUUUGGAGUUGUUCUGAUCGAGCUUGUAUCAUCCAAGCCAGCUGUGGACAUAAGCAGAGAAAGGGAUGAGAUUAAUUUGGCCGACUUUGCUAUUAACAAGAUUCAAAACUUCGCGUUUGGUAAAUUGAUCGACCCAAAUCUAGGAUUUGAGUCAGAUAGCAAAAUCAAUAGGAUGACGACUUCGGUGGCCGAGUUAGCUUUCCUGUGCUUGCAACAGGAUAAGGAAAUGAGACCUCCAAUGGAUGAGGUUUUGGAGGAACUGAAGGCGAUCGCAUGCAAUGAGAAUGCCGCAGACAUAUUUGCUUAUGCGGAUGAGGGUGAAGGUGUCCUUGCUCCAUCUCCUUCGCAUUACGACGAUUCCCAGCUACUGAAGAAUAUGCAGUUGACCCAUUCUCCAGUUUCUGUGACUCAAAAGUGGGGUAGCAGCGGCAGUUCUGCUCCUGGUGUUGAUGGUUAGAUUAUCCAUGCAGCCUCUUGUCACAUACUUUGCACACACGUGAAUGCAACUUCAAGUAAGCAGUCAUAUAUGUUGAGAUAUUACUUAUUUGAGUGCUGAAGGUAUGGACAUGGUAAUAAAGCAUUAAUGUCAAUCUGGCUUGCGCAUUAUAUUGAA